AAGCCAAUAAACACGUAAGCGCCUCUCCCUCCCCAAUAGGCAAGAUGCCUCUCCGGUUCUGGGCUGCAUCGACAGCUUGCAACGCUCGGCAUCUUUUCUGGAGACGCCUCCUUCGGCGGCUGCAGAUGACAUCGGGCUGCGCGCUCGGGGCUCGCGGCUGACUGUCGCCCUUUGCGCCCAGCCCCGGUCGGCAGACGCAUCGUCUCCGUUCCUCUUCUCCUUCUUCUUCUUUCAUCCUUCUCCUCCUCCUCCUCCUCCUCCUCCAUCCCUCGCGCUCCGCCUGGGUCGAGCCCAGCUAGCAAUCUCUCCCCCCGAAGAGAGGCGGAGGCAACAUCGGCGGCGGCUGAGCGGCGGGGCCGGGAAGAGCAGACCUCCUGCAGCCGCUGCCUCCGGCAUCGCCCCUGCACCCCCAGCGAUCUCACCCCGGGACCCGUCUCCCCAGGCGCCACCAUGCUGGACCCUUCGUCCAGCGAAGAGGAAUCGGAUGAGAUCCUGGAAGAGGAGAGCGGCAAGGAGGUGCUGGGCUCGGCCGCGUCCGGAGCGCGCCUGUCCCCGAGCCGCACCAGCGAGGGCUCGGCGGGCAGCGCGGGCAUGGGAGGCGGCGGCGGCGGCUCCGGACUCGGCAUGGGCGCCGGUGGCGGCGGCGCGGGCAGCGGCUCGGGCGGCGGCGGCGGGAGCGGUGGCGGCGGCGGCGGCGGCGGCGGCGGCGGGGCCGGGGGUCUGCAGCCGAGCGUCCGAGCCGGCGGCGGCCGACCCUCCAGCCCCAGCCCGUCGGUGGUGAGCGAGAAGGAGAAGGAGGAGCUGGAGCGGCUGCAGAAGGAGGAGGAGGAGAGGAAAAAGCGGCUGCAGCUGUAUGUGUUCGUGAUGCGCUGCAUCGCCUACCCCUUCAACGCCAAGCAGCCCACCGACAUGGCCCGGAGGCAGCAGAAGAUCAGCAAGCAGCAGCUACAGACGGUCAAGGACCGGUUCCAGGCUUUCCUCAACGGGGAGACUCAGAUCGUGGCCGACGAGGCCUUCAUGAACGCCGUCCAGAGCUACUAUGAGGUGUUUCUCAAGAGCGACCGCGUGGCCCGGAUGGUGCAGAGUGGGGGCUGCUCCGCCAACGACUCGCGGGAGGUCUUCAAGAAGCACAUCGAGAAGAGGGUGCGCAGCCUGCCCGAGAUCGACGGCCUCAGCAAGGAGACCGUGCUGAGCUCCUGGAUGGCCAAGUUCGAUGCCAUCUACCGUGGGGAGGAGGACCCAAGGAAGCAGCAGGCCCGUAUGACAGCCAGUGCCGCCUCGGAGCUGAUUCUCAGCAAGGAGCAGCUCUACGAGAUGUUCCAGAACAUCCUUGGGAUCAAGAAGUUCGAGCACCAGCUCCUGUACAACGCCUGUCAGCUGGACAACCCGGAUGAGCAAGCGGCCCAGAUCCGACGCGAGCUGGACGGCCGUCUGCAGAUGGCAGACCAAAUCGCCAGGGAACGCAAAUUUCCCAAGUUUGUAUCCAAAGAAAUGGAAAACAUGUACAUUGAGGAACUGAAGUCCUCCGUGAACCUGCUCAUGGCCAACUUGGAAAGCAUGCCCGUGUCCAAGGGCGGGGAGUUCAAGCUACAGAAACUGAAACGCAGCCACAAUGCUUCCAUCAUCGACAUGGGCGAGGAGAGCGAGAACCAGCUCUCCAAGUCAGACGUUGUGCUGUCCUUCUCCUUGGAGGUGGUUAUCAUGGAAGUGCAAGGCCUUAAGUCUUUGGCUCCAAACCGCAUUGUGUACUGCACGAUGGAGGUGGAAGGCGGAGAGAAACUACAGACCGACCAGGCAGAGGCUUCUAAACCCACCUGGGGCACCCAGGGUGACUUCUCCACGACCCACGCCCUGCCAGCUGUGAAGGUAAAACUGUUCACGGAGAGCACAGGGGUCCUGGCCCUGGAGGACAAGGAGCUGGGGCGGGUCAUCCUCCAUCCCACGCCAAACAGCCCCAAACAAUCUGAAUGGCACAAAAUGACAGUUUCCAAAAACUGUCCUGAUCAAGACCUCAAAAUCAAACUUGCUGUCCGAAUGGAUAAGCCUCAAAACAUGAAGCAUUCUGGGUACUUAUGGGCCAUCGGUAAGAAUGUCUGGAAGAGAUGGAAGAAGAGGUUUUUUGUGUUGGUGCAGGUCAGCCAGUACACGUUUGCCAUGUGCAGCUAUCGCGAGAAGAAAGCAGAGCCCCAGGAACUCCUCCAGCUGGACGGCUACACUGUGGAUUACACUGACCCCCAGCCAGGUUUGGAGGGUGGCCGAGCCUUCUUCAACGCUGUCAAAGAAGGAGACACAGUGAUAUUUGCAAGCGAUGAUGAGCAGGACCGGAUCCUAUGGGUCCAAGCCAUGUACCGGGCCACUGGGCAGUCACACAAGCCUGUGCCCCCCACCCAGGUCCAGAAGCUUAACGCCAAGGGAGGGAAUGUGCCCCAGCUGGAUGCCCCCAUCUCACAAUUUUAUGCAGAUAGAGCACAAAAACAUGGCAUGGACGAAUUUAUCUCUUCCAACCCCUGUAACUUUGACCACGCUUCCCUCUUUGAGAUGGUGCAGCGUCUGACGUUGGAUCACAGACUUAACGAUUCCUAUUCUUGCCUGGGCUGGUUCAGCCCGGGCCAGGUGUUUGUCUUAGACGAGUACUGCGCCCGAAAUGGAGUCCGCGGGUGUCACCGGCACCUCUGCUACCUCCGAGACCUGCUGGAACGGGCAGAGAACGGCGCCAUGAUCGACCCCACCCUGCUCCACUACAGCUUCGCCUUCUGCGCGUCCCACGUCCACGGGAACAGGCCUGACGGAAUUGGAACUGUGACUGUAGAAGAGAAGGAACGUUUUGAAGAAAUCAAAGAGAGACUCCGAGUGCUGCUGGAGAACCAAAUCACACAUUUCAGGUAUUGCUUCCCAUUUGGUCGACCGGAAGGUGCUUUAAAAGCUACUCUCUCUCUCUUGGAAAGGGUUUUGAUGAAAGAUAUUGUUACUCCAGUACCACAAGAGGAGGUGAAAACAGUUAUUCGAAAAUGUCUAGAGCAGGCCGCUCUGGUCAACUACUCACGCCUCUCUGAGUAUGCCAAAAUCGAAGGGAAAAAGAGAGAAAUGUAUGAGCAUCCUGUCUUCUGCUUGGCCUCCCAAGUGAUGGAUUUAACCAUUCAGAAUCAAAAGGAUGCAGAAAAUGUAGGCCGCUUAAUCACUCCUGCCAAAAAGCUUGAAGAUACAAUACGUCUUGCUGAACUAGUCAUUGAAGUCCUUCAGCAAAACGAGGAGCAUCACGCGGAGGCUUUUGCGUGGUGGUCAGACCUAAUGGUGGAGCAUGCGGAGACAUUCCUAUCACUCUUUGCAGUGGACAUGGAUGCGGCGUUAGAGGUGCAGCCUCCAGACACAUGGGACAGUUUCCCACUGUUUCAGCUGCUGAAUGACUUUCUCCGCACUGACUAUAAUUUGUGCAAUGGAAAAUUUCACAAACACCUCCAAGACUUGUUUGCCCCGUUGGUGGUUAGAUACGUCGACCUGAUGGAAUCCUCGAUUGCACAGUCCAUUCACAGGGGCUUUGAACGGGAGUCAUGGGAACCAGUCAAGAGUUUAACCAGUAACCUACCCAAUGUGAACCUACCCAAUGUGAACCUUCCCAAAGUACCAAAUCUUCCAGUUAACAUCCCACUUGGCAUCCCACAAAUGCCUACUUUUUCGGCACCGUCAUGGAUGGCUGCUAUAUAUGAUGCUGAUAAUGGAUCAGGUACCUCGGAAGACCUGUUCUGGAAACUUGAUGCUCUGCAGUCUUUUAUCCGGGACCUUCACUGGCCUGAGGAAGAGUUCGGAAAGCACCUGGAACAGCGGCUGAAACUGAUGGCAAGUGACAUGAUUGAGUCUUGUGUCAAAAGAACCAGGAUUGCAUUUGAAGUUAAGCUGCAAAAAACCAGUCGAUCAACAGAUUUUCGAGUACCACAGUCAGUCUGCACAAUGUUUAAUGUUAUGGUUGAUGCCAAAAGUCAGUCAACAAAACUUUGCAGCAUGGAAAUGGGCCAAGAGCAUCAGUAUCAUUCAAAAAUAGACGAACUAAUUGAAGAGACUGUGAAAGAAAUGAUAACACUCUUGGUGGCAAAGUUUGUAACAAUCUUGGAAGGCGUACUGGCAAAAUUAUCCAGAUAUGACGAGGGGACUUUAUUUUCUUCUUUUCUGUCAUUUACCGUGAAGGCCGCUUCCAAGUACGUGGAUGUGCCUAAACCCGGGAUGGAUGUGGCUGACGCCUACGUGACUUUCGUCCGCCACUCUCAGGAUGUCCUCCGUGACAAGGUCAAUGAGGAGAUGUAUAUAGAAAGGUUAUUUGAUCAAUGGUACAACAGCUCCAUGAAUGUCAUCUGUACGUGGCUGACGGACCGCAUGGACCUCCAGCUUCACAUUCAUCAGUUGAAAACACUAAUCAGGAUGGUAAAGAAAACCUACAGAGAUUUCCGAUUACAAGGGGUCCUGGAUUCCACCCUGAACAGCAAGACCUACGAGACCAUCCGAAACCGCCUCACCGUGGAGGAGGCCACCGCGUCGGUGAGCGAGGGCGGAGGUCUGCAGGGGAUCAGCAUGAAGGACAGCGAUGAGGAAGACGAAGAAGAUGACUAGAUCUUCCGUUUGGUCCAAGAGUCCAUUAGGACAGAGUCCUGUAAUCAAUGCAUGUCCGUAGUCUGUUAGUUAACCCCACUAGGGAAUUUUCUGUCAGCCACCACCACGCCCAUGAGAUGUUUACCAAUACGAUUUGCCAUUUUUAGCUAUGUGGUUACCAAGAUUAGCAAGUGACCUCCAAAUCCAUUGGUUUCCUGAUUUCCAUGUCUGUAUGUUUACAAGCAAUAUGGAACACCAUCCUUCACGACUGUUCAUGGAGAAGACAUAGUCCAGCUGUUGUCAGGUGUGCCCCUGCUGUCAGCAACGUGACAUGACCCUUCAUUCCCGAACUACAUGUGCGCUGACCUGUGGGAGAUGGACAAGAAGACAGCGUGCUGAGAAUUCUCACUUCUCUGUCUCGUGUUUGUGGAUACCAGUUACUUAAAUGAGUACAUAAAUAAGUUAAUUUAAGCACAUAGAUCUUCUGGGAUUGGGUUUUGGUUGUGUUCUUGUGUGUUUUUUUGUUCAUUUGUUUUUUGUUUUGUUUUGUGGUGGAGGGAGGCAAGACUCCAACAGCCAACCUCUGGUUUUUUCUCCUCCCCUAAAAUGGAAAACAGUGGACCCCUUGUGUCCUGGUUAGCCUGUCCUUUUAUUUAUUCAUAUAAUUAGCCCCAGAAGCUCUGUAUCAAUGGAUCGAUUCUCUUGAUUGUCACAACAAGGAGGCAAUCUAUCAUGACUUAGUAUCAAGCACGGUUCAGACCAUCUUCUGUCAGAGUUUAUCCUAGUAACUGUUACAUUUUGCUUUUAUGUUUCAAUAACUGUAUGUAAAAAAAAAAAAAACCUACUUAAAUGACAAGUCUAGACUAUAAAUCAAAUGUGUUUAUAACAAGAUACGGAUUUUCCUUCAGUAGGUUGUAACCAUAAUUUAAAUUAUUUUGUUCCACACUGAUUUUUAUAUCUGUCAUGUACAUUGCACUCUGAUCUGUCACUGAGCGGCCCUGGGGUCCGCUGCAGAGCUGUUUCCUUCUGUGUGAAGUCGUGGACCCAUCUUGCUUUUGCCUUAUAUCAAGCCAACAGUUAGAAAAGUGUGGGAAACUGUGGCUUCUCAAUAAAUAACUACUCAAAUGUCCCGAGA